GAACCAUCCUCAUUAAGGGUGAAGGCUCUCUCUCUCUCUCUCUUUCUCUCUCUCUCUCUCUCUGACUGUCUCUCGUUCUUCCUCUCCCUGAGCUUGUUGGCUAUUCAACCAUGGCUGUCGAGUCCGUGGAAGUAGCCAAGACCAUCAAGCCAGAGGAAUACCCAAUGUCCAGAAACUUCGUUAUCCUUCAAGUCUUGCUGAGGCUUUUGGCUGGGGUUGCGGCACUAGCUGCUGCAAUUACCAUGGCCGUGAACAAGACAACGUUUGUCUACUUUGGCCUGUCCAUCACGGCCAAAUACAACUACUCUGGGGCAUAUGAGUUUUUCGUCGGCGCGAAUUCGAUUGCUUUUGCUUACGCUACGGCGUCCGCUGUCUUCUUGAAGCUGAAAUCUUCAUCUCUCAAACCCAAAUGCCAAUUUCUGAUUUUUUUCUCGGACCUGACAAUGGUGGCUUUGCUCAUAGCCGGCUGUUCGGCGGCGCUUGCAGUUGGAUACAUUGCGAAAUACGGCAAUGCGCACGCCGGCUGGAUCCCCGUCUGCCGUUACAUGGAGUCGUUCUGUAAUAUCGGUGUCAUUUCAAUAGUGUUUUCUUUUGGUGCCUUCCUAGUUUUCUACCUGCUUGCAGCCAUCACCAUGAAAAGCCCUAGGCAAAUACCCGUAGCCUCGUGUUAGUCUCCUCAUGAGUUCUCUCAUGGCAGUGUACAUGAUACCACAGGUACUCAGGAAUCCCAGAAUAUACGUUACCAACAGCUACCUGCAAGAUGUUUUUUUUUUCUCGUGAAGGUCAGAAUAAGGAAGCUUCUCAAGUUCUCUUGCCAACUCUUGUUCUCUAACAUCCUAUCCUACCGAAUACUCGUGCCGUUGCCGUUGUAAGUAGACAAUCUAUUGCUAUCUGAACAUGCAAUGUUGAUGCAA